AUGAGUCUCUUUCUCACCACGAGCCUCGACAACAACGAGGAUGCGCAAUCAGUCUCAACAUCAGCACCUUCACCACGAUUGGAGCCAUCUCCUAUAGAGGCAUCGCGUAUCUCGGGCACAAGAUCUUUCUCUGGCUACUCAACCACCUCACUGUCCUCCAACGCGUCGAGAAGGAGGGGAUAUGUCCGACCACAAGGUGCUAGCUUUGCUCCUUCUGCGAAGAACCGAGAAAGCGUGAUGAGCCUGGGGAGCAUAGCACAUCUACAGUAUUACUUCGCAAGAACUGGUUUGCUGGAUGGGAGAAGCGGUCAAUUUGUUAGGAAGAAAGAGAACGGAGAAUAUGACAUCCCUAAACUUGCAAAACUAGACACUGACGACUAUACUUCUCCAAUCGAGCAAGAGGGUGCCCUGCUUUUCGAAGCUGCUAAGGAAGACGGCGAUGACAUUAUGCUUCCACCUACUGUAUCCACGUACCGCAGUGGCACACAAUACGUACCUCCUCCACCAAGUCAGCAAGUAUUGAAAAGAGAGCUGGUGGAUGCAUUGGAGAAUGCUCUACACGCCCUGGAAGCAUCUGAGAAGACACAAAAGAGUCGAGAGGAGAUAUCUCAAGGAUUCUACGAACUAGAAGGAAUUCAAAUUCUCGAUACAACCACCCUGGCCAUUAGAGCUGCAAGGCAGUACUAUACUCAACAUCCUAAUCCGAAACGUCUAAAUUCGUUGAGGUCCGACCAAGCAUUGCGGAAAGAGCUUUUCGACGUUCUAGAAGUGCUGAAACGAGCUGCGAAUAGGAACUUCGCAGGUGGUCUCAGGGAAGACGAACGUCUGAUCAUUCUUGUAUGGGUUAGCGAUGUUGGCAUGAUGAUAGACAAAGAGGCCAAACUUGAAGAGGCAGACCGACGGCAGAGGAAGCACUGGCAAUGGGUCGACGACUCGAAUUGGAUUGGAGAUGACACAGGACGGACAUUAGAUUUCCUAUCGUUCCUACUCAGAGAGACAGAAACACCCACAGAACAGACGUAUGAAGUUCUGCAGGACAGAUUCUGGCACACUUUGAUAGAUGGCAAGAAGCUGGUGCAGAUGCACAACGCCGCAGUCAGGAAGUCAAAGCGACAAUUUGACUAUAUCGAGAAGUGCCAUGACGACGUCAACAAGCCCUACCGAAGAGCAGAAAACAUCAGAUACUGGCUAAAGGCAGCAGAGCUCAGAUUUGAGAUUAAGAUAUCAAGGAAGCUCAAUGUACUGGCUACAGUUAGUGCCACUUCAGCCGACACAGACAUCCUGAGGGAGUUUGAGCAUCUGGUCAUGGAGUGGCUACGAGCAGUUCGCAUCGAUCUUACGAAAGACUGGAAUGGAGAGGAGGAGAAGAAAUUGCACGCCAGAGCUAGGAGUCUGGCACUCGCGAGUCCAUUAGGCAGUCCCUCGAAGGGAUACAAAGGGAAGGAAAACACACCACCUCCUCUGCCUACUACUCGACCUUUCCACGAGUCAGAAGUGCCAGGUCCCGGGACUCCCCAAGAAUGGCGUGAUGAUUAG